AGUGUUCACACGACACACACAGCGCUCCGCUCGUCGUGCGAGUGAAUUGUGCGCAUGGAAGUCGCGUAGGAAUUCCGGAGGUGUGCAUCGCGGCCGACGGGCGACGACUUGGGCAGUCCGUAUGCCUCCCGCUGCGAUCGUCGUCGCGCUUUCGUGUGUGCCCCAGUGUGCCCCCUCAGGCCGACCGAAAACAAGCAAGCAAGCAAAGCCAGCUAACCGAGUAACCAACCCAGUCGGGCGCUGCUGACCAAUCAGUCGCCGGAGUUCAUCGCGCCUCCGUCACGUAUCUGCGUCGCGCUCUAACCUCAAUCGCAUCGCUGCGUCUGUCGCGCUUCCUCCCGCGACCUCUUCUCUUUAACGCCCUCCUCCCUCCCCGCCCCCCUUCCUCCUCUGUCCUCUCGCGCUCCUCUUCCUUCCCCUCCUCUUUCUUCUCCCCCUCCGUCAUCGCUGCCCUCUUCCUGUCGCGUACAUCCCGCGCCGUUUGUCUCUUCCUCUCCCGCCCUCUCUCUUCUCUCUCUCUUUCUCUCUCUCUCUAUCUAUCUCUCUCUCCCUCCCGCUUAGAAUCGACUUAGUGCAUCGUGCGAUUUUAUACGUGCUUCCGUGUGUAUAUCACUUACCGACGACAUCGGACAUCCAGGAUGCAAGCCAUCAAGUGCGUGGUCGUCGGCGACGGUGCGGUGGGUAAAACAUGCCUACUGAUAAGCUACACCACCAAUGCAUUUCCCGGGGAGUACAUUCCAACGGUAUUCGACAACUAUUCCGCGAACGUGAUGGUCGACGGGAAGCCGAUUAAUCUCGGUCUGUGGGACACGGCGGGGCAGGAGGAUUACGACAGACUACGGCCGCUAUCCUAUCCGCAAACCGACGUCUUUCUGAUCUGCUUCUCGCUGGUGAACCCGGCGAGUUUCGAGAACGUGCGCGCCAAGUGGUAUCCGGAAGUACGCCACCACUGUCCCGCCACUCCGAUUAUCUUGGUCGGCACUAAGCUGGAUCUGCGCGAGGACAAGGAGACCAUCGAGCGUUUGAAAGACAAAAAAUUAGCCCCCAUUACUUACCCUCAGGGUUUAGCAAUGGCAAAGGAGAUUGGCGCUGUCAAAUAUUUGGAAUGCUCCGCUCUGACACAGAAAGGUCUGAAGACUGUGUUCGACGAGGCGAUACGCGCCGUACUAUGCCCCGUUCUGCAAGUGAAGCCAAAGCGCAGAUGUUUCCUUCUAUAAUAUUAAAUGUAUCCCUCUUUGCACGUUGGUACUGGAAUGUGUUGAAAGUGUUACCUGUCUCCAGUGUACCAAGCACUAAUCGAAUCGAUCGGGUGAAUUUACUGACUAUUUGGGAACCCCAGUUGUACCAGCCUACGUUCAGCAAAGAGGCUGCUGCCAAACAUCUGCCAGCAUAAGCGCACAAACGUCAGUUCGGUAAUAAAAAAAUUUCCAGCGAGCAAAACAAAAGAGGGUUCAUACACGUGGAAUCGUGAAUUCGGGAUAUAUAAAAUUUAUUCUUACGUGAGAUUCUCCAUCACACAUCUUAAAGGAGAGGGGAGAAAAAGAAUCACGAAGGAAUUUCUGCUGUCGACAUGAGCAAAACUUCCAGUCUAGACAGUCUAAAUCACAUUAUAGGGCUAUUAAAUGCGAAUCGACUGGAUGUUCUAAGCGAAAGGAGUGUAAAAGAAGCCAAAAUAACUGAACUAACCACUGUACAGUAUACUAGAAGUACGUUAUUAAUAUUACAAUUAAUAAUUAUAUAAUGAAUGGUAAAAAGAAAAAAAGCAAAUAUUACCAUAAUAAUUGUAUAAGCGUCCAAACACACUGACUGUAUACUGAUCAGUUUAAUCAAAGAGGAAAACCAUUUUAUGCUAUUUGCCAUUGUACAUUUUAGGUAGGACACGUAUAGUUAACACAUUUAAAAUGUGGGGAAGAAUAAAAAGGAGAAAAAUAUAGAGUAGUUUUCCUUAUUGCGAAAGAUUUCAAUAUGCAUCAAGUAAAUUCGGAGAGAAAAAGGGGGAGAGAGAAUAUUUUUUGCGUAGAAUACACAUGGCAAACAACCUGUUUGGACGAUAUUCAUAUAGAUGUUCAUUAUAUAAAUGUGAAUAACGAUAACUCCACGCAUAUAUACAUUUCUCCAAGUACUUAGAGCAACCAUAAGUAUUUCUUUUGAUUCUGAGCAUUUUUUCAAUGCAAUAUGUUCACCUGAAGAAGGCUUUAACAAAGCUUCAACAGAGAGAGAGAAAGAGAAAGAGAGAGACAGAGAGUUGCUUUCACAAAGAAAAUUAAUUAGUCUCUGAAAAACACCGAUCUGUUACGUUUCGUAAAAGGUCCUAGGUUUAUUUGAGAAAUUGUAUAUAAAAUCUAUCCAAUUGAAGGCGUUAGAUAUGUAAUCGAAUGCCAUUCAAUGUUCACUGUGCACGUCCUAUAUUUAAUUUUGUUCAAUAGUUUAACAAUAGUUUCUGCUUCUCGAAGGUAUCAGUUCGUGACGAUUCUGAAACGAAUAAUUAACCGAUAGAUACGCGAAAAAUUGAAAAAAAAAAACUGAUAGCUAUAUUUUCCAAGCGGAAUCGAUAGCGCAGCGGCUGCAUAACAUGGCUUCCUUCUUCCACUAAAUUGGUUAAACAUUUAUCGUAAAUGUUACAUACUGUAAUUUAAGAAAGAGAAAAAAAAUAGCUAACUGUAUACAAGAGUUCUAGAUGUAUGUGAUACAAGUAUAAAUGUCAAAUCGAGCGUUUAAAGAUUUCUCUGCUUCGUGUUGUUUCGCUCGGCAAAUGUUUUCUUGAUGACGAUCUGUGAUUGGUGCCACACAAUGUAUUCACGUUCUUUUUCAUAGGAAUUACUGCGUGUCAUCGAGCUGGAAUAUAAAAAAAGGGAAAAAAGAAAAAAAAAAUAAAAUGUUGCAUUUAAACAGAAUGCUGCAUUAAAAAAACAAAAUGCGAUUAUACCGAAGCAGAGGACGGGCAAAUGUUUUGUGUAUGUGAAAAAGUGAGAACGAAUAUGAGAAGCAUGAGUGUGUGAUGUAACGAGAGAAAAAUAUGCUAUAACGUAACAACUGUACAUAAAUGCUGAAACUUCAAAUGUAUUCCUACUUAUUACCACGUAUAGUAUACACUAUACGAUUUUACGUAAUGUAUGCGUAUACUGUAGUAGUGGUAAUAUGAGCUAUAUACAUAAGUCGCUGAUCGAAUCUAAAUCGUUACUUGUUUUUUAUAUAUAUAUUAUAAAUAUAUAUAAAACAAAACGCGGGGGAGGGGGGAAGCUGGACCAAGACCUAACUAAACUCAAUCAUCGCAGAUCCAUAUUAAUCUCUGUGCAAUCUGUUUGAGAAAGAAAUGAAGAUUCGGUCCGUAUGGAAAAGAAUCACUAAAAAAAAGAACUAUUGUAACUAAAUAUGCUUUA